AUGGUCGUGUCCCAGUUCUACAUCCUGUCCCCGCGAGGGGACACGAUCAUCAAUCGAGACUUCCGAGGCGACGUGUCCAAAGGGAGCGGAGAGAUGUUUUUUCGAAACGUAAAACUGCACAAGGGAGGAGAUGCUCCACCGCUAUUCUACCUAAACGGAAUCCACUUCACCUACAUAAAAAACAACAGUCUCUAUUUCGUCUUCACGUCCUUGUUUAAUUCCUCCCCGAGUUAUAUCCUGGAGCUUCUCUACCGUGUGGUUAAAAUAGUGAAAGAUUUCUGUGGACACAUAAGUGAGGAAGUGAUCCGAGCGAAUUUCAUUUUAAUAUACGAGAUUGUCGAUGAGAUUAUUGACUAUGGAUACGUUCAGAAUAGCAACACAGAGAGCAUUCGUCAUUUGAUUCAUAACGAGAUAAGUUCAACAUCGGAUGUGUGUAUGGGUGGUGGGAGUAGAGGUACCGCUAUAUCCUCAACUGGUAGCAGUAUAACCGCUGGCGGAGUGGCCACUGCCGUGGGAAACACCGUUGGAAACAGCAUAACGACCAUUAGCAAUAGUACCAAGAAAUUAGCCAACCUCUCUAGUUUCAGCAUGAAAAAUUCAAACACGUUACCAUCCAAUGCAUCGCAGAAACCGAUACAACUGAAUGAAAAGAAAAACGAAAUAUUCAUCGAUAUUGUAGAAAAGAUUAACCUCAUUAUGAACUCUAAAGGGGAAAUCAUUUACUCUUAUGUCGAUGGAGUCAUUCAAAUUAAAUCCUACCUACAGGGGAAUCCCUACAUUAAGAUCGCUUUAAAUGACGACCUGUAUAUAAAGAACCUUCACUCAGACAACACCAAUAACGUUAUUAUUGACGACUGUAAUUUUAACCACUUGGUUAAUCUGUCUCAGUUCGAACGGGACAAGAUUCUUUCCCUUUACCAACCAGAUGGAGAGUGCAUCCUUAUGAACUACCGGAUUAAUAAUAACUUCAAGGCGCCCUUCCGCCUGUAUGCGAGUCUCAACUAUGGCCCCAACCACACGGUCGAGCUCUGCAUCCGCAUUCGUCUGGAUAUCCCCGCGCAGUACACCUGCACAAACGUCUUCGUCAACUGCAACCUCUGCAAACACAUAACCAACGUACACCUGGACCUGAGCAGCGCCUCACACCUCUUCUCAGCGCAGUACAUCGCAAACGAGCACCGCCUUCUGUGGACCAUAAAGAAGUUCAAAGGCGAGACCGAACACAACAUAAGGUCUAAGAUAACUCUGAGCCCCGGGUACACCUUCGCCAAGCGAGACUUCGGCCCGGUAUACAUCCUCUUCGAGAUCCCCAUGUUUAAUUUGUCCAAACUGAGAAUCAAGUAUCUACGGAUCAUCGAGAAUUACAAAUCGAGCAACACGCACAGGUGGGUUCGGUACAUCACGCAGUCGUCUUCGUACGUGUACCGCCUGCACUGA